CUCUGCCGCGGGGACUGCACCGCCCGCCCUGCCGGACCCGCCCCGACCCGGGCUCGCCGCCGCCAGCAGCAGCCGUAGCACCGCGACCUCGCGCCCCGCGCCGGCUAUGGCUGUGCCCCGGAGCUGAGCGCGCAGGCUGUGACGGAGUCUCCUGACAAGAGUGGCUGAGGGAAGAGAGGAGGGGCGGGCUCCCGGCAAGGCCUUUGUUCCUGAGCCAAGUCCUGCAAAGAUGGAGAAGGAGGAAGACACAACCCGGGAGCUGCUGCUGCCCAACUGGCAGGGCAGCGGCUCGCACGGACUGACCAUCGCUCAGCGGGAUGAUGGCGUCUUUGUGCAGGAAGUGUUGCAGAACUCCCCUGCGGCCCGCACUGGGGUGGUCAAGGAGGGGGACCAGAUUGUGGGUGCCACCAUCUACUUUGACAACCUGCAGUCGGGUGAGGUGACCCAGCUGCUGAAUACCAUGGGCCACCACACCGUCGGCCUGAAGCUGCACCGCAAGGGGGACCGCUCCCCAGAGCCCGGCCAGAUCUGGACCCAGGAAGUUUUCAGCUCUCGCAGCUCCGAGGUAGUUCUGAGCGGGGAUGACGAGGAGUACCAGCGCAUCUACACCACCAAGAUCAAACCUCGGCUCAAGUCGGAGGAUGGAGUGGAAGGGGAUCUGGGGGAGACCCAGAGCCGCACCAUCACAGUGACCAGGAGGGUCACGGCCUACACCGUGGAUGUGACCAGUCGCGAGGGAGCCAAGGACCUCGACAUCAGCAGCCCUGAGUUCAUGAUCAAGGUUCCGAGGCACGAACUGACUGAAAUCUCCAAUGUGGACGUGGAGACCCAGCCGGGGAAGACAGUGAUCAGAUUGCCCUCGGGCUCAGGGACCGUCUCUCAAAUCACAGGCUCUGCCGUGGACAUCCGGCCAGGGACCGUUCACACUUCGGGACCAGAGCUCCAAGGCGCUGGCCACUCGAAGCUCCAGGUCACUGUGCCAGGGAUAAAGGUGGGGAGCCCGGGCGUGAGCGUCAGCACUCAGGGCUUUGACCUGGGGGGCAGAGGAGAGGUCCAAGUUCCGAGUGUGGAUGUUUCGACUUCUCUUGUGGGUGGGGCAGGAGAGGUGCAGGGCCCAGCUCUUGAGGGUGGUGUUGGUGGAAAAAUCAAAAUUCCCACCAUGAAGGUACCAAAAUUUGGAGUCUCGACAGGACUCAAGGGCCAGGCACCAGAGGCAGGGCUGAAUAUUUCUGCUCCUGAGUUCUCCGUGGGGCACAAGGGUGGCAAGCCCGGCUUAUCCACUGGUGGGAGCAUCCAGGCCCCUCAGCUGGAAGUCAGUGCCAAUGUGGAGGGGUUUGAGGGGAAGCUGGAGGGCUACCAGGUCACUGGGCCAUCACUUGAGGGUCGUGGAGGUCUAAAAGGUGCCAAGUCCCAGGGGAGCAUACAGGUGGAGGCCUCUGUUCCCCAAGUUGAAGGCUGUCUCACCAGCCCCAAUGUACAAGUUCAGGCCCCUGACCUUGAUGUUCGUGGGCAUGGGGGCAAACUGAAUAUGCCCAAGAUGAAACUUCCCAAGUUUUCUGUGUCAGGCUCAAAGGGAGAGGAGGCUGGCCUUGAUGUGACACUAGCCUCGGGUGGAGUGACUCUCCCUGGGGUCUCUGGAGAAGUCAGUCCACCUGAGGUAGCUGUUGGUGGGCUAGAAGGGAAAAUGAAGGGUGGUGCCAAAGUCAAGACUCCUGAAAUGAUUAUUCAGAAACCAAAAAUUUCCAUGCAGGAUGUGGACCUGAGCCUUGGGUCUCCUAAGCUGAAAGGGGAUGUGAGCAUUUCUGUCCCAGGAGUGCAGGUGCAAAGUGAUGUGAAAAGCCCUCAGGUGGCUGUGAAAGGCUCCAAAAUGGACAUAGAGAUGCCAAGCCUAGAAGGGAGCUUGACAGGCCCCAAGUUUGGCAGUCCUUCUGGGAAAACAGGAAGCUGUAGGAUCUCUAUGGCAGAUGUAGACUUAAAUGUGGCUGCACCUAAAGGGAAAGGGGGUGUGGAUGUCACUCUCCCCAAGGUAGAAGGGAACAUCAGAGGUCCUGAUGUUGAUGUCAGUAUGCUGGACGUGGAAGCUCACGGCCCAGAAUGGAAUCUGAAGAUGCCCAAGAUGAAAUUGCCUAAGUUCAGCACUCCAGGACUCAAAGGGGAGGGUCCAAACGUAGCUGUGACUCUACCCAAAGGAGAUGUUAGUGUUUCAGGGCCCGAGCUCAGUGUGGAAGCCCCGGAUGUCAAUAUGCAGGGAGUGGGGGGCCACGUUAAAGGCCCUGAUAUUCAGCUGCCUGAAGUGAGUGUCAAAUCACCAGAGAUCUCUGUGCCUGAUGUAGAUGUACGGGCUAAAGGUGGGAAGCUAAAGGGAGAGUAUGAUGUAGCAGUGCCAAAACUAGAAGGGGAACUGAAAGGCCCCAAAGUGGACAUUGAUGCUCCAGAUGUGGACGUUCAUGGCCCAGAUUGGCACCUGAAGAUGCCCAAGAUGAAAAUGCCCAAGUUCAGCGUGCCAGGCUUCAAAGGCGAGGGCCCCGAAGUGGACGUGAACCUGCCCAAGGCUGAUGUGAACAUUGCCAGGGCUGAGGCUGAUGUUCAUGUUCCAGAUGUGAGAGUUGAAGGACCAGAAGGGAAAUUGAAGGGCUCCAAGUUCAAGAUGCCUGAGAUGAAUGUCAAGGCUCCUAAGAUCUCCAUACCUGAUGUGGACUUACAUCUGAAAGGACCUCAUGUGAAGGGAGAAUAUGAUGUCAGCAAGAUGGAAAGUGAGAUCAAAGUACCUGAUGUUGAACUUAAAAGUGCCAGAGUGGACAUUGAUGCUCCAGAUGUGGACGUUCAUGGCCCCGACUGGCACCUGAAGAUGCCCAAGAUGAAAAUGCCCAAGUUCAGCAUGCCUGGCUUCAAAGGCGAGGGCCCUGAAGUGGAUGUGAACCUGCCCAAGGCUGACAUUGAUGUGUCAGCACCCAAGGUGGACAUUGAAGGCCCUGAUGUGAGCCUUGAAGGUCCAGAAGGAAAGUUGAAGGGUCCCAAGUUCAAGAUGCCAGAGAUGAACAUCAAAGCCCCCAAGAUCUCCAUGCCUGAUGUGGAUGUGCAUAUGAAAGGUCCUAAGGUAAAAGGAGAAUACGAUGUUACAGUGCCAAAGAUAGAGGGUGACCUCAAAGCUCCACAAGUAGAUGUCAGCGCCCCAGAUGUUGAAGUUCAUGGUCCUGAUUGGAACCUGAAGAUGCCGAAAAUUAAGAUGCCCAAAUUCAGUAUGCCUAGCCUCAAGGGCGAGGGCCCAGAAUUGGAUGUGAACUUCCCCAAAGCUGAUUUGGACAUUUCAGCACCAAAGGUAGACCUUACUGCUCCAGAUAUGAGCCUUGAAGGACCAGAAGGGAAACUGAAGAGCCCCAAGUUUAAGAUGCCUGAGAUGCACUUCAAGGCUCCAAAAAUGUCACUACCAGACGUUGACAUGGAUCUUAAAGGGCCCAAAAUAAAAGGGAACCUCGAUGUGUCAGCACCAAAACUAGAGAGUGAUAUAAAAGUUCCAGAGGUGGAUGUCAAAGGACCUAAAGUAGACAUUAACGCCCCAAAUAUGGAAGGACAUGGCCCAGACUGGCACCUGAAGAUGCCCAAGAUGAAAAUGCCCAAGUUCAGCAUGCCUGGCUUCAAAGGCGAGGGCCCUGAAGUGGAUGUGAACCUGCCCAAGGCUGACAUUGAUGUGUCAGCACCCAAGGUGGACAUUGAAGGCCCUGAUGUGAGCCUUGAAGGACCAGAAGGAAAGUUGAAGGGCCCCAAAUUCAAGAUGCCAGAGAUGAACAUCAAGGCUCCCAAGAUCUCCAUGCCUGAUGUGGAAUUCAAAGGCCCUAGUGUCAAAGGAGAUAUGGAUGUGUCACUUCCCAAAAUAGAAGGUGAAAUGAAAGUGCCAGAUGUUGACAUCAAAGGCCCCAAAGUGGACAUUGAUGUCCCUGAUAUGGAGGCUCGUGGCCCAGACUGGCACCUGAAGAUGCCCAAGAUGAAAAUGCCCAAGUUCAGCAUGCCUGGCUUCAAAGGCGAGGGCCCUGAAGUGGAUGUGAACCUGCCCAAGGCUGACAUUGAUGUGUCAGCACCCAAGGUGGACAUUGAAGGCCCUGAUGUGAGCCUUGAAGGACCAGAAGGAAAGUUGAAGGGCCCCAAAUUCAAGAUGCCAGAGAUGAACAUCAAGGCUCCCAAGAUCUCCAUGCCUGAUGUGGAAUUCAAAGGCCCUAGUGUCAAAGGAGAUAUGGAUGUGUCACUGCCCAAAGUGGAAGGUGAAAUGAAAGUGCCAGAUGUUGACAUCAAAGGCCCCAAAGUGGACAUUGAUGUCCCUGAUAUGGAGGCUCGUGGCCCAGACUGGCACCUGAAGAUGCCCAAGAUGAAAAUGCCCAAGUUCAGCAUGCCUGGCUUCAAAGGUGAGGGCCCUGAAGUGGAUGUGAACCUGCCUAAGGCUGACAUUGAUGUGUCAGUACCCAAGGUGGACAUUGAAGGCCCUGAUGUGAGCCUUGAAGGUCCUGAAGGGAAACUGAAAGGGCCUAAAUUCAAGAUGCCAGAGAUGAACAUCAAGGCUCCCAAGAUCUCUAUGCCUGAUGCUGAUCUCAAUCUGAAGGGACCCAAGCUAAAGGGUGAUGUGGAUGUAACUUUGCCUCAUGUAGAAGGUGAGAUGAAAGUGCCAGAUGUUGAUAUCAAAGGCCCUAAAGUGGACAUUGAUGUUCCUGAUGUGGAUGGUCGUGGCCCGGACUGGCACCUGAAGAUGCCCAAGAUGAAAAUGCCCAAGUUCAGCAUGCCUGGCUUCAAAGGCGAGGGCCCUGAAGUGGAUGUAAAACUGCCCAAGGCUGACAUUGAUGUGUCAGCACCCAAGGUGGAUAUUGAUGUUCCUGCUCUGAAUGUUGAAAGUCCAAAUGUGAAAAUUAAGGGUCCCAAAUUUAAGAUGCCAGAGAUGAAUAUAAAGCCUCAGAAGAUUUCCAUGCCAGAUGUUGGCUUGAGUUUCAAAGGUCCCAAAGUGAAAGGAGACCAUGAUGUAACAAUUCCAAAAGUAGAAGGUGAGCUUAAAGCUCCUGAUGUUGACAUCAAAGGCCCCAAAGUGGACAUUGAUGCUCCAGAGGUUCAUGGCCCAGACUGGCACCUGAAGAUGCCCAAGAUGAAGAUGCCCAAGUUCAGCAUGCCUGGCUUCAAAGGCGAGGGCCCUGAAGUGGAUGUGAACCUGCCCAAGGCUGACAUUAGUGUCUCAGCACCCAAGGUGGAUGUGGACAUUGAAGCCCCAGAAGGGAAACUCAAGGGCCCCAAGUUCAAGAUGCCAAGUAUGAAUAUACAGACACAUAAAAUCUCUAUGCCCGAUGUUGGACUUAAUCUAAAAGGCUCGAAAGUGAAAACUGAGGUAGACGCUUCCCUCCCCAAGGUAGAAGCAGAUUUGAAAGUUGCAGAAAUUGAUGUUAAAGCCCCUAAAAUGGAAGUGGAUGUUGGUGAUAUUGAUAUUGAGGCCCCAGGAGGAAAGCUGAAAGGCCCCAAGUUCAAGAUGCCAGACAUGCACUUCAAGUCUCCCAAGAUCUCUAUGCCUGAUGUGGACUUGAAUCUGAAGGGCCCGAAAGUGAAAGGGGAUAUGGAUGUGUCUGUGCCAAAACUGCAAGGUGAGCUUAAAGCUCCUGAAGUAGACAUCAAAGGCCCCAAAGUGGACAUUGAUGCUCCAGAUGUGGACGUUCAUGGCCCCGACUGGCACCUGAAGAUGCCCAAGAUGAAGAUGCCCAAGUUCAGCAUGCCUGGCUUCAAAGGCGAGGGCCCUGAAGUGGAUGUGAACCUGCCCAAGGUUGACAUUGAUGUGUCAGCACCCAAGGUGGACAUUGAAGGCCCUGAUGUGAGCCUUGAAGGGCCUGAAGGAAAGUUGAAGGGCCCCAAAUUCAAGAUGCCAGAGAUGAACAUCAAGGCUCCCAAGAUCUCCAUGCCUGAUGUGGAAUUCAAAGGCCCUAGUGUCAAAGGUGAUGUAGAUGUGUCACUACCCAAUGUGGAAGGUGAGCUUAAAGCUCCUGAAGUAGACAUCAAAGGCCCCAAAGUGGACAUUGAUGCUCCAGAUGUGGAUGUUCAUGGCCCAGACUGGCACCUGAAGAUGCCCAAGAUGAAAAUGCCCAAGUUCAGCAUGCCUGGCUUCAAAGGCGAGGGCCCUGAAGUGGAUGUGAACCUGCCCAAGGCUGACAUUGAUGUGUCAGCACCCAAGGUGGACAUUGAAGGCCCUGAUGUGAGCCUUGAAGGACCAGAAGGAAAGUUGAAGGGCCCCAAGUUCAAGAUGCCAGACAUGCACUUCAAGACUCCCAAGAUCUCUAUGCCUGAUGUGGACUUACACAUGAAAGGACCCAGUGUCAAAGGGGAUAUGGAUGUGUCUGUGCCAAAACUAGAAGGUGAUUUGAAAGGUCCCAAGGUGGAUGUCUCCAUGCCUGAUGUUGAUCUGGAAUGUCCUGAUGCAAAGUUGAAAGGCCCCAAGUUCAAGAUGCCAGACAUGCACUUCAAGACUCCCAAGAUCUCUAUGCCUGAUGUGGACUUACACUUGAAGGGGCCAAAAGUGAAAGGAGAUGUGGAUGUGUCACUGCCCAAAGUGGAAGGUGAAAUGAAUGUACCAGAUGUUGAUAUCAAAGGCCCCAAAGUGGGCAUUGAUGUCCCAGAUGUGGACGUUCGUGGUCCCGACUGGCACCUGAAGAUGCCCAAGAUGAAAAUGCCCAAGUUCAGCAUGCCUGGCUUCAAAGGUGAGGCCCCUGAAGUAGAUGUGAACCUGCCCAAGGCUGACAUUGAUGUGUCAGCACCCAAGGUGGACAUUGAAGGCCCAGAUGUGAGCCUUGAAGGACCUGAAGGAAAGUUGAAGGGUCCCAAGUUCAAGAUGCCAGAGAUGAACAUCAAGGCUCCCAAGAUCUCCAUGCCUGAUGUGGACUUACACAUGAAAGGACCCAGUGUCAAAGGGGAUAUGGAUGUGUCUGUGCCAAAACUUGAAGGUGACUUGAAAGGUCCCAAGGUGGAUGUCUCCAUGCCUGAUGUUGAUCUGGAAUGUCCUGAUGCAAAGUUGAAAGGCCCCAAGUUCAAGAUGCCAGACAUGCACUUCAAGACUCCCAAGAUCUCUAUGCCUGAUGUGGACUUACAUUUGAAGGGCCCGAAAGUGAAAGGGGAUAUGGAUGUGUCUGUGCCAAAACUAGAAGGUGAUUUGAAAGGUCCCAAGGUGGAUGUCUCCAUGCCUGAUGUUGAUCUGGAAUGUCCUGAUGCAAAGUUGAAAGGCCCCAAGUUCAAGAUGCCAGACAUGCACUUCAAGACUCCCAAGAUCUCUAUGCCUGAUGUGGACUUACAUUUGAAGGGGCCAAAAGUGAAAGGAGAUGUGGAUGUGUCACUGCCCAAAGUGGAAGGUGAAAUGAAAGUCCCAGAUGUAGAUAUCAAAGGCCCCAAGGUGGGCAUUGAUGUCCCAGAUGUGGACGUUCGUGGUCCCGACUGGCACCUGAAGAUGCCCAAGAUGAAAAUGCCCAAGUUCAGCAUGCCUGGCUUCAAAGGCGAGGGCCCUGAAGUGGAUGUGAACCUGCCCAAGGCUGACAUUGAUGUGUCAGCACCCAAGGUGGACAUUGAAGGCCCAGAUGUGAGCCUUGAAGGGCCUGAAGGAAAGCUGAAGGGUCCCAAGUUCAAGAUGCCAGAGAUGAACAUCAAGGCUCCCAAGAUCUCCAUGCCUGACAUUGAUUUCAACCUUAAGGGACCUAAAAUCAAAGGAGAUGCUGAUAUUUCUGCCCCAAGGUUGCAGGGAGAAUUAAAAGCUCCUGAAGUGGAUGUCAGGGGCCCUAAUUUGGAUGUUGACGUGCCAGAAAUAUCUGUGGAAGGCCCAGAAGGCAAGUGGAAAAGUCCCAAGUUCAAGAUGCCAGAUAUGCACUUUAAAACUCCCAAAAUCUCCAUGCCUGAUAUUGAUCUACACUUAAAGAGUCCCAAGAUAAAAGGCGAGGUGGAUGUAGAUGUUCCGAAGUUAGAAGGAGACCUCAAAGGUCCACAGGUGGACAUCAGUGGACCAGACAUUGCAAUUGAAGGUCCAGAAGGAAAAUUGAAAGGUCCCAAAUUCAAGAUGCCAGAAAUGAAUAUUAAAGCUCCGAAGAUUUCAAUGCCUGAUAUGGACUUACACUUGAAGGGGCCAAAAGUGAAGGGUGAUGUGGAUGUGUCUCUGCCCAAAGUAGAAGGAGAAAUGAAUGUACCAGAUGUUGAUAUCAAAGGUCCGAAAGUUGAAGUAAAAGCUCCAGAUGUUCAUGGCCCAGACUGGCACCUGAAGAUGCCCAAGAUGAAAAUGCCCAAGUUCAGCAUGCCUGGCUUCAAAGGCGAGGGCCCUGAAGUGGAUGUGAACCUGCCCAAGGCUGACAUUGAUGUGUCAGCACCCAAGGUGGACAUUGAAGGCCCUGAUGUGAGCCUUGAAGGGCCUGAAGGAAAGUUGAAGGGUCCCAAGUUCAAGAUGCCUGAUUUGAACAUAAAAGCCCCUAAGAUCUCCAUGCCCGACAUUGAUCUUAACCUGAAGGGCCCCAAAGUGAAAGGUGAUGUAGAUGUGUCACUGCCCAAAGUGGAAGGUGAAAUGAAAGUCCCAGAUGUAGAUAUCAAAGGCCCCAAGGUGGGCAUUGAUGUCCCUGAUGUGGACGUUCACGGCCCCGACUGGCACCUGAAGAUGCCCAAAGUGAAGAUGCCCAAGUUCAGCAUGCCUGGCUUCAAAGGCGAGGGCCCUGAAGUGGAUGUGAACCUGCCCAAGGCUGACAUUGAUGUGUCAGCACCCAAGGUGGACAUUGAAGGCCCUGAUGUGAGCCUUGAAGGGCCUGAAGGAAAGUUGAAGGGCCCCAAGUUCAAGAUGCCAGAGAUGAACAUCAAGGCUCCUAAGAUCUCCAUGCCCGACAUUGAUCUUAACCUGAAGGGCCCCAAAGUGAAAGGUGAUGUAGAUGUGUCACUGCCCAAAGUGGAAGGUGAGCUUAAAGCUCCUGAAGUAGACAUCAAAGGCCCCAAAGUGGACAUUGAUGCUCCAGAUGUGGACGUUCAUGGCCCCGACUGGCACCUGAAGAUGCCCAAGAUGAAAAUGCCCAAGUUCAGCAUGCCUGGCUUCAAAGGCGAGGGCCCUGAAGUGGAUGUGAACCUGCCCAAGGCUGACAUUGAUGUGUCAGCACCCAAGGUGGACAUUGAAGGCCCUGAUGUGAGCCUUGAAGGGCCUGAAGGAAAGUUGAAGGGUCCCAAAUUCAAGAUGCCAGAGAUGAACAUCAAGGCUCCCAAGAUCUCCAUGCCAGAUAUUGAUCUUAACCUUAAGGGCCCCAAACUGAAAGGGGACAUUGAUGUUUCAGGCCCAAAUGUACAAGGUGAUUUGAAAGGACCUAAUAUUGAUAUCAAAGGCCCCAAAAUGGACAUUGAUGCUCCAGAUAUUGAUAUUCAUAGUCCAGAGGGCAAAUUAAAAGGUCCCAAAAUGAAGAUGCCUGAAAUGCAUGUCAACAUGCCAAAAAUUUCCAUGCCGGAAAUUGACUUGAAUUUGAAAGGGUCAAAACUGAAGGGAGAUGUUGAUAUCUCUGGUUCAAAAUUGGAAGGUGAUAUCAAAGCUCCCAAAUUGGAUGCAAAGGUUCCAGAAGUGGACAUUUCUGGCCCCAAGGUGAAUAUUGAAAGCAAGACAAAGAAAUCACGUUUUAAGCUUCCCAAAUUCAAUUUCUCAGGUUCCAAAGUUCAGACACCUGAGUUGGAUUUGAAAGUUAAAAAGCCAGAAAUUGACGUUACAGGCCCAAAAGUUGAUGUUAAUGCUCCUGAUGUUGAGGUCCAAGGAAAAGUGAAAGGAUCCAAGUUUAAAAUGCCUUUCUUGAGUAUUUCAUCUCCCAAAGUUUCUAUGCCUGACGUGGAGCUAAAUUUGAAAGGUCCUAAAGUCAAAGGAGAUUUCGAUGCUACAGGCCCAAAUUUAGAAGGUGAUUUUAAAGGUCCUACAGUGGAUAUCAAAGCACCAGAAGCCCAUCUUAAUGCACCUGAUGUGGAUGUGCAUGGUCCAGAUUGGAAUGUGAAAAUGCCAAAGAUGAAAAUGCCUAAGUUCAGUGUGCCUGCUUUAAAAGCAGAAGGACAAGAAGUAGCUGUGGAUCUACCCAAAGGAGACAUCAAGAUGGAGGGUCCAAGAGUGAAUAUUGAGGGCCCAGAGGUCAAAGUAGAAGGUCCAGAAGGUGACUUAAAAGGUCCCAAGUUCAAGAUGCCUGAUUUGAACAUCAAAGCCCCCAAGAUCUCCAUGCCUGACAUUGAUCUCAACUUGAAGGGCCCAAAAGUGAAAGGAGAUGUGGAUGUGUCACUGCCCAAAGUGGAAGGUGAGCUUAAAGCUCCUGAAGUAGACAUCAAAGGCCCCAAAGUGGACAUUGAUGUCCCAGAUGUGGACGUUCAUGGCCCCGACUGGCACCUGAAGAUGCCCAAAGUGAAGAUGCCCAAGUUCAGCAUGCCUGGCUUCAAAGGCGAGGGCCCUGAAGUGGAUGUGAACCUGCCCAAGGCUGACAUUGAUGUGUCAGCACCCAAGGUGGACAUUGAAGGCCCUGAUGUGAGCCUUGAAGGGCCUGAAGGAAAGUUGAAGGGCCCCAAGUUCAAGAUGCCUGACCUGCAUCUCAAGGCUCCUAAGAUUUCCAUGCCAGAUGUUGACUUGAAUCUUAAGGGCCCCAAAGUGAAGGGUGAUGUGGAUGUGUCACUGCCCAAAGUGGAAGGUGAGCUUAAAGCUCCUGAAGUAGACAUCAAAGGCCCCAAAGUGGACAUUGAUGCUCCAGAUAUGGAUUUUGAAGUGCCAGAGGGCAAAUUGAAAGGUCCUAAGUUUAAAAUGCCUGACCUCCAUCUCAAGGCUCCCAAGAUCUCCAUGCCAGAUGUUGACCUGAAUCUGAAAGGACCAAAAGUGAAAGGUGAUGUGGAUGUGUCUCUGCCCAAAGUGGAAGGUGAGCUUAAGGCUCCUGAAGUAGACAUCAAAGGCCCCAAAGUGGACAUUGAUGUCCCAGAUGUGGACGUUCAUGGCCCAGACUGGCACCUGAAGAUGCCCAAAGUGAAGAUGCCCAAGUUCAGCAUGCCUGGCUUCAAAGGCGAGGGCCCUGAAGUGGAUGUGAACCUGCCCAAGGCUGACAUUGAUGUGUCAGCACCCAAGGUGGACAUUGAAGGCCCUGAUGUGAGCCUUGAAGGGCCUGAAGGAAAGUUGAAGGGUCCCAAGUUCAAGAUGCCAGAGAUGAACAUCAAGGCUCCCAAGAUCUCCAUGCCCGACAUUGAUCUUAACCUGAAGGGCCCCAAAGUGAAAGGUGAUGUAGAUGUGUCACUGCCCAAAGUGGAAGGUGAAAUGAAAGUCCCAGAUGUAGAUAUCAAAGGCCCCAAAGUGGGCAUUGACGCUCCAGAUGUGGAUGUUCAUGGCCCCGACUGGCACCUGAAGAUGCCCAAAGUGAAGAUGCCCAAGUUCAGCAUGCCUGGCUUCAAAGGCGAGGGCCCUGAAGUGGAUGUGAACCUGCCCAAGGCUGACAUUGAUGUGUCAGCACCCAAGGUGGACAUUGAAGGCCCUGAUGUGAGCCUUGAAGGGCCUGAAGGAAAGUUGAAGGGUCCCAAGUUCAAGAUGCCUGACCUGCAUCUCAAGGCUCCCAAGAUUUCCAUGCCAGAUGUUGACUUGAAUCUGAAGGGCCCCAAAGUGAAAGGUGAUGUAGAUGUGUCACUGCCCAAAGUGGAAGGUGAGCUUAAGGCUCCUGAAGUAGACAUCAAAGGCCCCAAAGUGGACAUUGAUGCUCCAGAUGUGGAUGUCCAUGGCCCCGACUGGCACCUGAAGAUGCCCAAAGUGAAGAUGCCCAAGUUCAGCAUGCCUGGCUUCAAAGGCGAGGGCCCUGAAGUGGAUGUGAACCUGCCCAAGGCUGACAUUGAUGUGUCAGCACCCAAGGUGGACAUUGAAGGCCCUGAUGUGAGCCUUGAAGGGCCUGAAGGAAAGUUGAAGGGUCCCAAGUUCAAGAUGCCUGACCUGCAUCUCAAGGCUCCCAAGAUCUCCAUGCCAGAUGUUGACUUGAAUCUUAAGGGCCCCAAAGUGAAGGGUGAUGUGGAUGUGUCACUGCCCAAAGUGGAAGGUGAGCUUAAGGCUCCUGAAGUAGACAUCAAAGGCCCCAAAGUGGACAUUGAUGCUCCAGAUGUGGACGUUCAUGGCCCAGACUGGCACCUGAAGAUGCCCAAAGUGAAGAUGCCCAAGUUCAGCAUGCCUGGCUUCAAAGGCGAGGGCCCUGAAGUGGAUGUGAACCUGCCCAAGGCUGACAUUGAUGUGUCAGCACCCAAGGUGGACAUUGAAGGCCCUGAUGUGAGCCUUGAAGGGCCUGAAGGAAAGUUGAAGGGUCCCAAGUUCAAGAUGCCUGACCUGCAUCUCAAGGCUCCUAAGAUUUCCAUGCCAGAUGUUGACUUGAAUCUGAAGGGCCCCAAAGUGAAGGGUGAUGUGGAUGUGUCACUACCCAAAGUGGAAGGUGAGCUUAAGGCUCCUGAAGUAGACAUCAAAGGCCCCAAAGUGGACAUUGAUGCUCCAGAUGUGGACGUUCAUGGCCCCGACUGGCACCUGAAGAUGCCCAAAGUGAAGAUGCCCAAGUUCAGCAUGCCUGGCUUCAAAGGCGAGGGCCCUGAAGUGGAUGUGAACCUGCCCAAGGCUGACAUUGAUGUGUCAGCACCCAAGGUGGACAUUGAAGGCCCAGAUGUGAGCCUUGAAGGUCCAGAAGGAAAGUUGAAGGGUCCCAAGUUUAAGAUGCCAGAGAUGAACAUCAAAGCCCCCAAAAUCUCCAUGCCUGACUUUGACUUAAAUCUCAAAGGUCCAAAGGUGAAGGGAGAUGUAGAUGUUUCACUGCCUAAGGUAGAAGGUGACAUAAAAGGGCCCGACGUGGACAUUAAUGUGCCUGAAGGGAAACUCAAAGGUCCUAAAUUUAAGAUGCCUGACGUUCAGUUUAAAACCCCACAAAUUUCCAUGGGUGACAUUGAUUUGAACUUGAAAGGACCUAAGGUGAAGGGAGAUUUUGAUCUUUCCACUCCUAAACUGGAAGGAGAUAUUCAAGGCCCCAAUGUGGAUGUGAAAGGUCCUAAGCUGGACAUUGACACUCCUGACAUCGACAUUCAUGGUCCAGAAGGGAAACUGAAGGGUCCUAAGUUUAAAAUGCCUGACCUCCAUCUCAAGGCUCCCAAGAUCUCCAUGCCAGAUGUUGACCUCAAUCUGAAGGCGCCCAAAGUGAAAGGUGAUGUGGAUGUGUCACUGCCCAAAGUGGAAGGUGAGCUUAAAGCUCCUGAAGUAGACAUCAAAGGCCCCAAAGUGGACAUUGAUGUCCCAGAUGUGGACGUUCAUGGCCCCGACUGGCACCUGAAGAUGCCCAAAGUGAAGAUGCCCAAGUUCAGCAUGCCUGGCUUCAAAGGCGAGGGCCCUGAAGUGGAUGUGAACCUGCCCAAGGCUGACAUUGAUGUGUCAGCACCCAAGGUGGACAUUGAAGGCCCUGAUGUGAGCCUUGAAGGACCUGAAGGAAAGUUGAAGGGCCCCAAGUUCAAGAUGCCAGAGAUGAACAUCAAGGCACCCAAGAUCUCCAUGCCUGACAUUGAUCUUAACCUGAAGGGCCCCAAAGUGAAAGGUGAUGUAGAUGUGUCUCUGCCCAAAGUGGAAGGUGAGCUUAAAGCUCCUGAAGUAGACAUCAAAGGCCCCAAAGUGGACAUUGAUGUCCCAGAUGUGGACGUUCAUGGCCCCGACUGGCACCUGAAGAUGCCCAAAGUGAAGAUGCCCAAGUUCAGCAUGCCUGGCUUCAAAGGUGAGGGCCCUGAAGUGGAUGUGAACCUGCCCAAGGCUGACAUUGAUGUGUCAGCACCCAAGGUGGACAUUGAAGGCCCUGAUGUGAGCCUUGAAGGGCCUGAAGGAAAGUUGAAGGGUCCCAAGUUCAAGAUGCCUGACCUGCAUCUCAAGGCUCCUAAGAUUUCCAUGCCUGAUGUUGACCUUGAUUUAAAAGGUCCCAAAGCCAGAGGAGAUUUUGAUUUGUCUGUUCCUAAGGCUGAUGUUGCUUUCAAGAGCCCUGAUGUAGACCUGAAAGGAGUACGUCUCGAUCUUGAAGGCCCUGAUGCCAAAAUCAGUGGUCCAGAUUUGAAGAUGCCAUCCCUGGACAUAUCUGCACCUAAGGUGUCUGCUCCUGAUGUGGAUCUGCAUCUCAAGGCACCUAAAAUUGGGGUUUCUGGCCCCAAGUUGGAAGGUGGUGAACUGGACCUCAAGGGACCCAAGGUUGAUCUAGAACCUCCAAGCUUGGAUGUACACAUGGAGAGCCCAGAUAUUAACAUUGAGGGUCCAGAUGUGAAAAUUCCCAAGUUCAAGAAGCCCAAGUUUGGGUUUGGAGCAAAAAGUCCCAAAGGUGACAUCAAGGGACCUUCCCUGGAAUUGACUGUUCCUGAAGGAGAGCUGAAUGUUGAGUCUCCUGAAAUCAGUGUUGGUGGCAAGGGCAAGAAGAGUAAGUUUAAAAUGCCUAAGAUUCACAUGAGUGGUCCUAAAAUGAAGGCUAAAAAACAGGGCUUUGAUUUGAAUGUUCCUGGGGGUGAAAUGGAUGCCAGUCUGAAGGCUCCUGAUGUUGAUAUCAGUGUCACAGGGCCAGAUGCUGCACUCAAAGCUGAUGUGAAAUCUCCGAAGACCAAGAAGCCUAUGUUUGGAAAAAUGUACUUUCCAGAUGUGGAGUUUGAUAUUAAAUCAUCCAGGUUUAAAGCUGAGGUCCCUAUCGCCAGUCCCAAAAUAGAGGGUGAAAUCCAAGCACCUGACCUGGAUAUUAAUUCACCAGAAGUUAAUGUGGAAGGACCUGACAUCAAGAUGAAGGCUUCCAAGUUCAAGUUGCCUAGUGUGGAUGUCUCAGGGUCAAAGCUAGUGGGUGACUUGAAAGGCCCUAGCGUGCAGGCCAGCUUGGAUGCACCUGACAUCAACAUGAAGGGCCCAGAAGCUAAAAUCAAAGCACCAUCUUUUGGCAUUUCUGCUCCUCAGGUCUCCAUGCCUGAUGUGGACAUUAACUUGAAAGGACCAAAGCUCAAGGGUGAUGUUCCCAGUGUGGGACUAGAAGGACCAGAUGUAGAUCUGCAAGGUCCAGAAGCAAAGAUCAAAUUCCCCAAGUUUUCGAUGCCCAAGAUCGGCAUACCCGGUGUGAAAGUGGAGGGUGAUGGUGCUCACGUCCAUGCCCAGCUGCCCUCUUUUGAAGGAGGCUUGAGCGCACCAGAUGUUAAACUUGAAGCACCUGAUCUGUCUCUCAAGGGGCCAGAGGUAGACUUGCCUUCAGUGAACCUCUCCAUGCCCAAAGUCUCUGGGCCUGACCUUGACCUGAACUUGAAAGGACCAAGUCUGAAGGGAGACCUGGAUGCCUCUGUUCCCAGCAUCAAGGUGCAUGCCCCAGGGCUUGACCUCAAAGGUGUUGGAGGAAAGGUGAAGAUGGAAGGAGAAGGAGUGAAAAUGCCGGGGAUUGAUGCCACAACAGCAUUUAAUGUUGGGGCACCAGACGUGACACUGAAGGGACCAAGCCUGCAGGGAGAUCUGGCUGUCUCUGGUGACAUCAAGUGUCCUACAGUGUCUUUAGGUGCUGCCGAUCUAAGUUUGGAGGCUUCGGAAGGUGGCAUUAAGCUCCCCCAAAUGAAGUUGCCCCAGUUUGGCAUCUCCACUCCGGGAUCGGACUUGGACAUUAAUAUCAAGGGCCCACAAGCUUCUGGAGAGCUAAAGGGGCCAGGCAUGGAUGUGAACCUGAGAGGACCUCAGAUCUCAGCACCGGAUGUGGACUUGAGCUUGGGAGGACCAAAAGUGAAAGGCAGCCUCGGGGGCACUGGUGAGAUCAGAGGCCCCUCCUUGGACCUUCAGAUGCCUGGAAUGAAAUCGCCCAGCUGUGAGGUGGACCUGCCAGGUGGCAACCUGAAACUGCCAACUGGGCAGCUUUCUGGCCCUGAAAUUAAAGGGGAUCUGAAAGGUGCAGCUGUGGGUCUCCAUGGAGCUGCCCCAGAUGUCAGCGUGAAGGGGCCUUCCUUUAAUGUGGCAUCUCCAGAGGCCGGUUUUGGCGUCAGCUUGAAGGGCCCAAAAAUCAAAGGGGGUGUAGAUGUCUCAGGGCCUGUCAGUACCCCGGAUGUCAGCCUGGGAGAAGGUCAUCUGAGUGUCAAGGGUCCUGGAGGGGAGUUGAAGGGACCCCACAUCUCCUCCGCUCUUGCGGGAGGCCUUCACUUGUCAGGACCGCAGGUGGCAGGAGGGGUGAAAGGAGGUCACAUAAGUCCUGAGAUGAGUGUGUCUGGGCCUCAAGGUCACAUGGAUGGUGCAUCUGGAAAAGUCACAUUCCCCAAGAUGAAGAUCCCCAAAUUUGUCUUCUCUGGCCGUGAGCUGGUCGGCAGAGAGGUCGGGGUGGACAUCAACUUCCCUAAAGUGGAGGCCAAUGUUCAGGCCGGGGCAGGAGAAGGUGAGUGGGAAGAAGCCGAAGUCAAACUGAAGAAGUCCAAAAUCAAAAUGCCCAAGUUCAAUUUUUCCAAACCUAAAGGAAAAGGCGGCGUCACUGGCUCACCAGAAGCAUCCAUUUCCGGGUCCAAAGGUGACCUGAAGAGCUCCAAGGCAAGCCUGGGCUCUCUGGAGGGAGAGGCAGAGGCCGAGUCACCCAAAGGCAAAUUCUCCCUGUUUAAAAGCAAAAAGCCACGGCACCGAUCAAAUUCCUUCAGCGACGAAAGGGAGUUCUCUGCACCGUCCACUCCCACGGGGACUCUGGAAUUUGAAGCCGGGGAAGUGUCACUGGAAGGUGGGAAAGCUAAAGGGAAACACGCCAAGCUCAAGUUUGGUACCUUUGGUGGAUUGGGGUCAAAGAGCAAAGGUCAUUAUGAGGUGACUGGAAGUGAUGAUGAGGCAGGCAAGUUGCAGGGGAGUGGCGUGUCCUUGGCUUCCAAGAAAUCCCGACUCUCCUCUUCCUCUAGCAAUGACAGUGGGACUAAGGUUGGCAUCCAACUUCCUGAGGUGGAGGUGUCAGUUUCCACAAAGAAAGAGUAGCAGGCCUCUGUGUGUGUACAUAUCUCUCUCUAUAAAAUGACAUCUGCCUUGGUGUGUUUGUAUAGAAAU